AUGACAGUUUUGAACAAUGACGGACUACCACUGUUUGAUCGACAAGGAAGACUUCUCACGCUGAACGAUGUGCAAGACAUUGUGGAUCAAGAUGACGAAAUCUACCAACGCGACGCUAACGGCGAGCCAGUGGACGGACAAGGACUGAUCGCGCAACCUCCGAUUGGCAUUCGAAUUCAAGCCUUGCUCGUAAUGGUCAAUCAGAAUAACAACAAUCAAGGAGUCCAGGAUAAUCAGCAACCUAUCCAAGUUCCACGGCAGCCACCUGCAGGUUUUGGUAGGACUCCCGCGCGGGCUAAUGGCCAAGCCGUGAUUAACUACAACACCCGCGAAGGUCAAAACAUCUACCGAGAGAAUAGCCGAUCAUUGUACUGUGACAGUGAAGGAUGCUUUGAUCUGACAAACGGAAAGCUCAAUGGAUUCCUUGGAAAAUUGGAGCAUCGUGCAGCUCAGGCUGGAUGGACCAUCAUGGAUAUUGUCAUUGACAAUGCCACGGGAGUCACUCGCAAUCUCAUUCGAUACUAUGGCGAAAUCAAUGCUGAUCAAGUAUGGAACAAAGUCCACACGUACGAUCAGACAUUCACACGAGCUGAACAAGAUGACGCUCAACUAUUCGCAUGCUUGAUUGCAUCUAUCAGCGACGCAGCUCAGAAUACAUUGGCAUUGAAGGAGACUUCCUACACUACAGUGACAGGAGAACACUCGGGACUACUCUAUCUCAAGCUCAUCAUCACUGAAUCAACGUUGGAAACAAAGUCUACGAUCAAUGAUGUGGACCAAGCUCACGGCUGGGAUGCCAAAGAUCAUGGAGGAACACGUGAAGCUGAAGAUAGCCCCUUUUACAGAUUCAUCGAGCAGCUUGAGAACAGUUACAACGACAGAACUGAACUAUCUACCGACAGUCUGAUGACCAAAGCUGACCAGAAGUAUAAGGAUCUGCUUGAAAAAGAGCAAAUCAAAGGAAAGAACAAGAAGGAUGAUGCUAUCAUGGCGCUCACUACCAAGGUGGAGCAACUCACGGAGAAAUGCGAGAAGCUCAAGGAUGGAGGAUCGAACUCCAACAACGGGAAGGCCCAAAGUGGAAAGUACCGUAAGCCUCCAAGCUGGGUAUUCAACGAGCCAUCCAAUGAAGAGCCAAAGACAAAGACCGUUGAUGGAAAAGUCUGGAACUGGUGUGAAGGAAAUGGAGCUCACAAGCCUCGAUGGGUAACUCACAAAUUGUCGGAAUGCCGUGGUACCAAGAACGGAAGUGGUGAGUCGAAAGCAAGCGACAAGAAUCCUAAAGAGAAGAAAGAGAAGGAACCAGUGAAGUGGACAGCGGCCAUGAACGCUACGAUUGAGGACAAAGACUCGGAUGAUGAAUAG